AUGGAUGAUAGCACCACACAGCUCAUGCCUGCCAUUCGUCACGAUCUGGACCUGGGAAACCUUGAUAUUCCCGCUUUUGAGGCUAUGGUCAAGAGCCUGUCCUGUGCUAAGCCAGAUGAGAUUACGCUGAGGCAGUUGGAUGUAAGUACCGGCUUAUGCAUAAAAUGA